AUGUCCCUCCCUCUCUCUGAUACCGAGCGAUGUGGCAAGAAUUUGAACGAUGACUCCACCGGAAACACGCAGGCAAACUGCUGUGCUGCCUCCCAAGAUACGCAAGUUCAACUUACUCAACCCGUCCAGCAACACCUCACCCUCCAAGCUCUCCUCGACCAGCAAAUGCCGCCUGCGACGCUUCUCUCCACUCUUUUGUCGACAAAGUCAACAAUCUCAAUUGAUCCCAAUCUUGAACAAGACCAAGCAGAUCUAGCAGAUGAAUCAGCACAGAGUGAGCACUCACCUGACUUUGUCAGUAUCGGAGAAGGACGACUCGGCCGAGUCUACGACUGGGCCCACACGGGGAAGGUGGUGAAAGUGUGUCUCCGCGACGACGACAUUGAACUACGGGUGGAAGCCGCCGUGCACAAGAUCGUGUGCCAGGCAUAUGAUUCGCUCAUUCGAGGUCCGCCCCAGUCCCAGACGCAGGCAUCGGUAUCUGUACCGUUUCACAUUCCACAAUACUACUCCAUAUCUUUCGGUGAUGAAGCCGCACAAUGGUGGUCUCGACAGCAACAUCAGUCCGCAUUUCCGACCGACGAUAAAAAGAUCAAGGAUCUAGUUGGCCAUGCACUCCUUACCGCCGAAAGAAUUCCGCCUCUCCCAAAGGUUCUCAGAGAAGCCCUGAUCGACACAUACUUUCGAGAAUGCGACCGUGCAGCCGCGAAGAAGAAUCCCAAAAACCGCGACUGUUUGGUUAGAGUGUAUUUGGGCUCUCAGAGAACGAAAUUCCAGUAUGGGAUUUUGAGAAAUAUGCCGUUGACGUUGGCGCAGAUGCAUGCCCUCAAUUUGCCUUUGGAUGGCUUUGUCGAGUCCAUGGCGGCCGCGCUGGCCAUGAUGCAUUUUGGGGCGGGGAUCGAUGCUCAUGAUGUCGAGUUUGUGCUUGGAGCGAACCCUGCGAACCCGAAUCCAGAUAACCCAGAAGUCGCGACCUCGACUAGGUUGGCCCCUGAGCACACUGACAGUGGUGGGAACAGGAACCCCAACCUCAACUUCACUUUUCGCGACGGAUAUUUACAACUCUGGGUUCUGGACUUCAACCAGUGCGGUGAUAUUACCAUGGACGAAACGGGUAUGGACAGUGCGGUCGAGGCGUAUUUUGAUAAUGAUCCCUAUUUCCCACGGCCGUACUUACAUUGUUAUGGGUCGGCGCUUGGAAAAGUCAACUUAACGACUAAGGAGGCAGUUGAGUUUGUUGGCGGGUUGUGGGCUAAAUUUGCGAGUUCAUAUAUUGCGGCCGGGAAAACGUUUUUGAAAAACGGUGAUAAGCUGGGUAGUACUGAUAGUAGUAGGAGUCUGCCGGCUAUGUUUGUUGAGAAAGUUGAGCGGAGAGCUGCUUCGGAGAUGCCUGGCUGGAAGGCUAUGCAGUAG